UUUACUUCGGAGUCACGUGAGUGACUUCGUGAAGAACCCCGCCUACGGCGCAUGCGUGUCAUAUCGCAUACACGCAUUCAACGUGUCGGACCUGGGGAGGACGUCCCCUUGAACGGGAGAGUUAAAAAGCCGGUCGACGGCAGGUAAGUGAUUCUGCAUUUUCACCGUUUUUUUUAGGAAUGGAUAGAGGACGCAGAAAGGCUGUGAAGAAGCUGCAGGAUGUCGGCGGUAAAGGUGCCGGGGACCCGCAGCAGCAGCCGACGGCACAGGCAGUUUCCAUUGAGACAGCUGUGCCAGAUUCAAACCCCGCGCCGGGAAAAACUAAUUCUAGACCAGGCGGGAAGGCGAAACGCAAAACGAACCGCUGUGAAAGUGAGCCCGAAAAAUCGCCGGUAAAUACUUACUUGUAUAGCAGUGAUGAUGACCAGCUGCACGGCAUGGAGCAGCCAGCAGCGACCGCAUCUGCAGAGCUCGGAAAACAGUACGAGUGGCUGCAGCAUGUGGGGCCGUCAUCAAUAUGUUCGGAGGAGUACCGGGACGGCGAAAAACGGCAUUUGCAGCGGCCGGGAGCAACCAGAGCCGGUAGGCAUGGCGACGAGUUGCGAUUUAAACCGCGUGCGACUAGUGCCCGAGGGCACGAAAGUCGGCAGGAGCGGUGGGCUAAAAAGAAACACCCGCGAGCGACUAGUGCGGGAGAGCACGAAAGUCGGCUGGAGCGGUUGUGGGAGGAACAUCUCCAUAGUGUCAGGCUCCAGAAAAUGGAUAAAAGCCGCACACAUACAGGUGUAAGUCCCUCAGAGCAUGGCCAGAAAAGGCUGCUGGACAUAUCAUCCUCAUCUGAAGAGGGUGUUCAAGGGCUGCCUGACUCAGACUCUGAACAAGAGUCAGAGCCACGUUCCCAUAUGGAGGAUGAGGGAACACAGUUGCUGGACAUGGUGGGCACAUAUUUCCAGCAAGAAGAAACUGGAAAAGACCUAGAGGCCAGGAUGGCGGCCAGCAUUGAUUAUAUGACGACCCAUCACCUCAAAACUGAUACCUUAGCUGAGGUAUGGGCAAGACAUUUACCUCCGCGAAAUUGUGCGGCUCUGAAUGUACCCAAGGUGAACCGAAGCAUUUGGAGACACGUGGGGCAGGAUAUUCGGAGUCUGGAUAUAAAAAUACAGAAUGCUAGUAAAGGACUCUCGGCGGGUAUAACAGCUUUGGCCCGUACGCUGGAAAAUGUGGAUAUGUCCAAUGACAUGAAAGACGCUUUAGCACUGUUUUGCAAUGUUCAAUUUGAACUGAACAACAUCAGGAAAGGGGCUAUUCAGCCAGCGUUAGACCCAAAAUUUGCAAUCCUGUGCAAACAGAAAGCCAUAAAACCUCAAAAUUUGUUGUUUGGGGGUGACCUAUCAAAACAGGUCAAAGAUUUGGAGGAAGAGGCCAAAACUUUGGGCCUAAUAAAAGCGACCAAAGGAUAUGUCGGAAAACGGUAUCAUCCUUAUGGGACGACUAAAAAAGCAAGUACUAGUAUGUAUAGUACGAAAAAUUGGAGAGAGGCCAGAGGAAACCAGCAACAGCGUCCUUUUUUAGGGGUUGGCCCGGGACGCCCACAAUGGAAAAUGCGGAAGCCUCCACUUCAACAUUUACCCCACUUUCAACCUCAAGGCCCUCCGCAACCUCGGUUAAGACCAAGAAAGUAACACCACCGAUAACCAUGGAGGGCUGCAUCUACAUCAGCAGCUAAUCGCCUGGAGGUACCGAUGGACAAAAUCCUCAGAACUGCAGGAUGGUCAUCAGAGAAAACGUUUCGCACAUAUUACAACAAACCAGUUAGAAAAGAAGAAACGUUUUCGGGCAAAAUUUUGAGUUCUAUUUAAUUUACACCUGAAGCUUAUAAGGUUUAUAAAUUGAUUUAAUAAAUAUUAUUUACA